AUGCCGAGAGCACCUUCUUCCUUCUUCAUAAACGCGAAGAACAUAUUCCUCACCUAUCCCAGGUAUGUUCUUCCCAAACAACAAACAUUAGAUGCAAUUAGGAACAUCCAGUUUCCUAUUUCUUCAACUUACGUACGAAUUGCUCAAGAAACCCACCAUGAUGGAUCUCCUCACCUGCAUUGUCUGAUUCAAUUCGCAGGUAAAUUUCACACUGAAUCUGUGAGGUUUUUCGAUAUUAAAUCACCAAAUUUAAAUUCGAUGUUCCAUCCGAAUGUUCAAGGUACGAGAAAUUCCUCCGUAGUUAGGGAUUACAUAUCAAAAUACGGAGAUUUUGUAGAAUGGUGGGAGUUUCGGCCAGAUGGCCGGAGCAGAUUAUCAUCUGACAAAUCUGCGGAGGUGUAUGCCAUUGUGCUUGCCGGGGAAGAUAAAGAAAUGGCCCUCAAUAUUAUCAAGAAGGGCGAUCCUCGAUCGUUCAUUAUUCACUAUGACAAAUUAUCGAGUAAUUUCAAUAGAAUAUUCCAGAAGCCACCAGAACCAUACGUGGCUCGUUUCCCACAGGCCCAAUGCGUUCUUUCAUUCUUGAUCCAAUGGGCCACUCAAAAUGUUACUGGGCCUGCUAACAGACCACACAGGCCCAUGUCUAUAAUAAUAGAAAGUCCAAGUCGAACUGACAAAACAUGUUAG